CGUAGCUUGUCAAAAUUUGGAGCAGCCGUGCCCCUCAUGAACAGUUGGGACAUUAUUGAUGAAGUAGUGUUAGAUUAUUGAUUUCACUAUGGAUCCUCAUCACCCAUACCUGAUCAGGGAUUGUAUUAUUCAUAUUUUCACAUUUCUAAAUGAGGAGGAUUUGAUAAUAGCGUCACAUGUGUGUAAGGACUGGCAGGAAGCUGCAGGCACUCCUUGGUUAUGGAGGAGGUUGUGUCUGCAGCGCUGGACCUUCUGUAACCUCAGUGUGUUGGGCAGCAAACAAGUCAAUCACUCCUGGAAGACUUACUUCCUGCGACGCAGCCACUUAGAGGAGAAGAUGACGCAAGGACGGUCAGGAGGUUACAGCUGCAAAAGCCUCAGAGGACACACAGGCAGGGUGGUAGGGUUGGUGUACCUACAGGGCAACUCAGCCCAACAUCCUGAGCUCUGGACCAGCAGCUCCACAGUCUGCAGCGGCUCCACUGAUGGCACAGUUCGAGCAUGGAACAUCCAAAAUGGGGAGCUCUUGUGGUGCAGUCCUGUGCAGAAUCCCUUGACGGCGAUCGUAAAGGAUGAACAGCAUGACGUCGUGAUCACAGCCGACUCCACAGGCCUCAUUAAGACCUGGCAGGGAAGCACCGGCCAGGAGAUGGCCUCAUUUCCAACCGCAUCCCCUCACUGUACAUUACUCCAGUACAGCAUCAACAACGAGUGGUUUCUCACUGUGGGGACCAGUCAGGGGUCAGUGUGCACUCUAGCUGAUUCUGCUUUGACUAAAAAGUCCAGCAUAAAGGUUUGGGACACGUUUAAAGUCAAUGUACUCGUAGUUUCACCGAACAAGAAGUGGAUUACAGCUGGAACCAAGGACAAUGAUGAUUUAUCUCCAAAGGUGAUCUACACUGAGAGUUUGACCUCUCCGUCUGAGGACGAAGAAGCUCUGUGCCAGGCUGUGCCAGUCACCGGGUGCCAGGCUGCUGUCUUCGUACCCACCCAGCCCGCCAGACUGGCCGUCGUCCACAGCCCCGUGCACUCAACCAACAAAGCCCUCAGUGUGUUUGAUGUCAGCAUUAAAAAGACAAAGUACAAGGCAGAUAUCCAGGUCCAGCAGGUGGAGUCCUUUCCCUUGACUCUGAACAGUAUGUCCUCAUAUGUCCUGCUGGAGGCCAAAGACAGCAACUGCUUAGUGGUGGCAGCCGACAAGGAGCUGUGGGUGUACUCUCUGAAAGGAGUCCUGCUGGCUAACUUUAAAGAGCACAUCAUGCCCAUCUCUUCUAUAUGUCUGGAUAGUUUUCGUUUGGUGACGGCGUCUCAGGAUCUGUCCUUACGAUUACUGAUGUGGAGAAAUGACAAAGACAAUGGACUUAGUCUGGAGAGCAGAUACCACUUACUGGGAGGCUCUCACACGAUGUCCAGAGGGUUCACUCAUGUCGCCUGUGACUACACCAGCAUCGUGGCCUCAGUGGAAGGGAAAGAUGGGAAAGACGUCUUGAAAGCGUAUUUUUUCACCUCCUGAGCGUCACUGCUUCACAGAGACUAGUGCCUUUAUUUGCACAGCCCACACGAAGGAGGAAUGAAGAGAAUGUAACUUAUAAUACAGAUAAGAAGCACUAUGUUAUGGGAAAGGCAUUGUUAUGCUGUGUGAUACAAUAUGUAAAGCUGAGGUAUGUCACUGUUAUGGAUGAAUAUGACAAAGCUUAAGGCAUGAAGUAUUGCAAAGUAAAUAUUCUGGCGACCAGUUCUUCGUUAUGUCGCCUCCACUCACUAUUUAGGUCAAAUAAUACUGAGGCGAGCUUUGUAUUAGUGGCAAUAAACUACAUACCAUGAAUGUUCAUACAUUAUAUAAACCCCCCAUAUUGACAAAUGAGUUAUUAAACAUUAAAUCAAUUUGUCACAAGGCACAAAAAGCUUCCUUCUCUCU